AACCGCAGAAGCGGUCGUGCGUGUUCUGUGGGGCUCCGCGUAUAGUGACAGCUUAUUAACGAUGAAAAUAGUAGUACUUUCUGAUAUUUUUGUGCUUGACAGUGAAAUUAUUUAUGUAAACAAAUAACAGAACGGUGCGGUGUACCCUUGACGUUAGCACCUUAAACUUCAAAGGGUUCGAACAACUUGAAAUGCAUGCAUUCCAUCGAGACUGUUGAACUUAUUUUUAUUUUUUUUGUGUAUGUACUAUGUACAAACAUUUAGAUUUUUAUCAAAGAUUAUUAUCUCGUUUAGUUUUGUGAACUAUCCGCUUAUUUGUAAGCUUAUUAAAGUGUGUGAUUUAAAAAGAUAAACAGAAGACUGUGUUAUUUAAGUCAGCACAAACUUUAAUGUUGACGAUUGCCGAAACUUUCAAGGCUAAUUAACACGAAAAAGUAGCUGUCGCUUACGUUGAUCACCCACGAGAGCACUGUGAUGAAUCGGCCACAACACCGGAUAGUGCACGUUGACGUCACCUGAUGACCUAAGGUCAUUGAUGAUGAAGUUCUCCACGGGAUCCAGCUCCAGCAGUCUAGCCAGCGACUCGCUGUCCAGGAAGUCUACUCUCUGCAUUUAUACAGAAGUCGAUGGACCUGUGGUGCCACCUCCCUGCGAAAGAAUGGAUAGCAGUUCAGAAGCGAUGGAGCUCCGGCGGGAGUUGGACGCCGUCAGGAACGCGCUUCAACAGCAAUCAGAGUCGGUCCUCAAACAAAGACAUCAACUGGUCGAAGCCAAUCAAGCACUUGUCGAAAGGGAUAAGCAAGCUGUGCAAGAAAGGCGGAUGAGGCAAGACCAAUUAGCUUUGGUUCUACGUUCAUUGGUUCUAUUGGAGUCGCGUCUUACCAGAGAACAGAAGCAGAUACACGUGGCACUUCAACAAAAAGAAAAAAUAAUUAAGGCACAACAAGAAGAAAUCGGCAAGCUAAAAGCGCGUAAAUCCUACUGCAGCAACUGCCAACAAAUCCUCGGAUUCACUAGUGAACAAACUAAUAUUGAGACUGAUCCAGAGUUCCAAAGCUUGGAGAGCACAGACUCCAGGUUCCAAAAUAAUUUUGUAAGGAGUUGUAGUUAUCGUGAAAGGAAUUCCCCACCUGCCUUCCAGAAAAACACUAGACUAAGCAAAAGCUUUCAACUACCUAAAUCGGAACUGGUCUACAACACUAGUUCCAGCGAAGAAGGCAAUUGCACCAGUCUCGGUAGCAAAGGUACUUUUAUCAAAAACAAACAAGCAUUUGUCAGACGAGACGUCUUCAGGAGAUCGAGAAAAUAUUCUGGCCGAAAAAAUAAUAAGUACCAUGAAAAUCCCCAGAAGAAUUACGGUGCUCAAGUUAAUAACAGUAGCAGCGCUGAAGAAUCUAUGGGCUACCAAAUUAAUCAAGACGAGCAUGACGUUACCGCAAAUCAAAUAGCAAACGACAUCCGAAAAGCUUCUCUUAAAAUCGACCAACUCAUCGGUGAAGCUGCAAAAAAGGAAUUAGAUAGUAAAAUCGCUGAUGGAGUCAAAACCUAUUCUGCUAAGAUGGAAGUAAUGCACGGUAUCAAAAGACAGGCGUCUGAUGAAAUCAAAGCAAAUAGACAACUUUUCCUCAACAAUGUGCUUAACGAAGAGAAACAAGAAAAGCCGUGGUAUUGUAAUGUCAGUGACCAAGAACAAGAGUCCGAAUGUAUGGAACGCAAAUCAACUCUACAUUAUAAAUCGAAAUCUACUGAUGAUCUCUUAACGUCUAGUUUUCAUGGCGGAAUCCCAAUAACAGAUGUUGUGUCAGCUCAAAACGAAGUUCUUUGCAAUAAAAUAUUAAGGAGCAGAGGUAACGAAAUGUAUGACUCACGUUUCGAAAAUGAAAACACUAGCUUAGAAUCGAGCUUGAGCAAGCAAGCUGAAAAUGCUGAUAUCAAUGAAAACUGGUACGCCAGCACCAGUGACGCUGACGAGUGCCCGCCAAAUGAAAUAUACAAAAACAAUCCUGUUUUGGAGUGCGUUAAUCAAAUUUUGCUUCAAAACUCCUUAGAUGACAGCAGUAACGAUAACUCCAAAUCGAGUGAGGUGCCGAGCCCGAAAGCUUCUACAAAACGAGUCCAGUUUUCAACACUCAACAGCAUAUCGUAUGAUGAAAAAGUUAGAUCCAACAUGACCAAUCAUACUUUACCGCGUGCUGAAAAACGUGCCAACAAAAUCGUCAAAUUCAGCUUAGAAACGGCCUCCGAACAUAGCUACGAAGUACCUAACACUGUUCAAGGUUUCCAAUAUGAAGUGCAAAGUAUAUACAGUAACGAAUAUGAACCUAUUGUUACUAAAACAAACGAUGUAAAACCGAUGCCACUACCACGUUCACUGCAAUCUGAUGACAAUACAAAUGUACCUAAAAUACGAGGCUCCAUUGUGAAAAAUAUCGCGGCUAGCAUUGAAAAUCGAAACAAUACCCCACAAGAUAGAAGACCGGAGAAUGAACCGGGCUCCAUGAAGAUAUUCAACAAAAGGAAAGUGCCACGAACGCCUCCCGCACUGCCGCCUAAACCAAAGAACCUUUCGGCUAAAUGGAAAACCGAAAACACUGUCAAAUCGAUGACAGAACCGUUAGACUCUGAAGCCGUUGCGGCUAAUCAACGGGUUGCAGACGUUAAGAUGAGAAAAGUGGGACAAGUGGCAACUACGAACACUAUAGAACCGGACUACUGCUCCAUUUCAGAGAUAAAUGUUCCAGUAGUCAGUAAUGGCAAGAGAGAGUUGCUACUCACACAGCCAACGGUUGAGAUUCACAGCGAACAAUACCCUGUUCACGUGAAAAAUCAAAAGAACAGUGUCGCUAAGGUAGUGUCCCUGCCCAGAAUUCAAAACAAAUCGAGCGACAAUGACAUUCCUAAACUUCCUCAAGUCACUGAAAUUAUAAUUCCCGACGAAGACGAGAAACCGAAUGAAGAUCAAACUGGAACCUUCAAUCGAAGUACUGAUGGUUACUUGAGUAAUUUUUCAAUGCACGCACUGCAGCCAAAACUAGAGCCCCGUGCUUCUAUACAAAUGGGCAAUAGUGUUUCUUCUAUAUUGACUGAAAUUAAUAAAGGGGUGAAAAUCAGCGGCAAACAAAUCAAUUUAACCGACUUAGAUCGUCAGUUCAAUCGGGGACCUGAAAGAAAUCAAUCUAAUGGGGAAUUGCAUAAAGCUGAAUACUUUGAUGACAUUGACAAGUUCGAUUUGUCUCAAAACUUCGAAGAAUUUAAGAUAGACGAUGAACUAGGCAGUAUCGUUGCAGAGGAAUAUCGCAUUAGCUCUGGCAGCAGCGAUGGGUCUAUAUCAGAUAUGGUGACCGAACACCUCACGAAUGUACCUGAAAAAGAAAUUCAGCAUAAUACUGAAAAUAACGAUGACAAUGCUAGCGAGUCGUUUUUUGAUAACAAUGAGGGAUCUGCAAACAGACCCUCGUCCAAAAACGCUAAACUAUCCAAUAAACCUGAUCUCCUAUCGAAUAUUGAAAAUUUAGAGACUGAAUCUGUAAGGAAUUCGGACAUUGAGUCCAGUAACUCGUCCGGAAGCAACAGCGGUUCUUACAAUACCGUUAAAUGCGAACCAAGAAUGGUUAUAAGCAAUCACGAAAAGAAUGCAGCUAAAACGAAAAGCUCUUUCGAUUUCUUCCUGGAGACUUCUGGUCUUAGCUCUAAGUCGUUAUUUACAGCAAAUAGAAUUUAUCUCGGAAUGAGGCCUCCUAGUGCUAACCACAAGAGUGUUUUGAAGCCUAAAGAUAUCAAGAUGAGGGUUAAGAAUCCGAUAACAACGAACAAAAUCAACGAAAAAUCAAUGACGACUGCCAUUAAAUAUUUUGAACCUUAUGUUUAAUUUACGAUGAUUUAUAAUUUUAAUGAAAUAUUACACUUUACUUUUAUUUAUUGUAUAAAUAAAUGAACUU